AUGAAUGGAAUCCGUAAGGGUAUUACACGACGAAGAGGCGCAUGCGAGCCGUGUAAGGCGCGGAAGACAAGAUGUGAUGGAGGUAAUCCUUGCAUGCAUUGUCGAAGGAAGGAUAGCCCUUGCAUCUAUUCACAAGGUCCAGCAUCAGCAAGGUCCAUCUCCACCCCUUCGCGGCUCAGUCCUGGCUGGAGUCUAUUCGACCGUGACCCAGAUCUGCCGUUACAGGACUCAAUCAGCCCUCAGGAAUGGAUGGAGACAAUUGCUCCGAGUUCUUUAGACUUGUGCUGUUGGGAACUUCCCGAUGUAUCAUGCAACGCUUGCCCGGACUGGUCGGCUGAUGGCUCGGUCCUAGGAGGUCCAUCCAAAUCCGAGACAAGCCCUGCUACUCUGCCUCCGCCUUAUGGUGACCCACCAGCGGCCAGUUUGGAUCAUGAACAAGGGGGUGACAGGACAUUUUCUAUCCAUAUGCUGCAAAAGGAGUUUCAAACUCGCCAAGUAACUCCAGGCUUCGACAUUCCGGUACUGUAUUCCCCUUUUUUUCUCGACGAUGAUCAUCCACGCCGCGAAAAGGUGAAACGAGCCGCAAAGCUUCUUAACUGCGAUAUUGUGGGCGAUGAGAUGACAUCCUACCUUUUGUCUGAGGACCACAAACCAUUGCUGGGACCAAUGCUCGAGAGUGAGCCUCGAAUCAGUAGCUACAUACAAGCAUGUUUUGAAACACCCUGUUCUGGUGUCAAUAUGUUCCUGACUAUGGCAAGUGCUCAGGAGUGUGUGGACGCUGUGCUGAAGUCCGACUGCUCCGAUCGAGCCACGGUGGUGGUGGCCUAUGCCGUCCUGUCGUUGGGCUGCUAUCUUGUAAGCAUACAUUCGGGUAUCAAAAGUGCCGUGGAAGGCAUGUCACGGGCCACUGGAUAUUUUCGACGAGCGUUGUCAGAAUCGAACUAUCUGACAAUGGAUAGCGCGACUGUUCGGGCAUUUCAGGGGAUUUUGAUCAUGAUUAUCUUCGCAGACAAAUCCGGUCAUCGCACCAAAUCCCGUCUCGUCACCCUCGGCGUCCAGUUCGUGCAGGAUUUGGGACUUCAUAGCUCUCGGCGCCUGCGACAGCUUUGCGCCGAGGCCGACGAACGAUUGCUUAAGAAUGCCUUCUGGCAUCUCUAUGCCAUUGAAAAAGCCGACGCGGUGAACAGAGGCCGAUCUUCGAUGAUGUGCGACAAGCUCACCGACUAUUCGCCCAGUGAUGGAUUCCACAGCCCUGAUGAAGCACGGUUGACGCUUCAAUGCUUAUACGGGCGUGUCUGCGACCGUGUGAUAGAUUCGCUCUAUAGCCAAGCAGCCCUCCGAGCGCCAAGAGCUGGCAUGUGCCGUCAGAUAGAAGAUGCAUAUUGCCUGGUUCAAUCAUGGCUUGGUAUCCUACAGACAUAUAGCAAUUCGCUCAAUUCUUCUUCGGAGCGCCUCUCUUCCCUACAGGAGCACAUGGAGUCAGAAAUGCAUUUGAGCUCCUAUUUUCUUACAUUCUUGAUUCACGGAAAAUGGCUCCAACUCGCGCAGCAGGGACUGGCUACUGAGGAGAGAGAGGCCUAUGAGCGAAGUAAGGUACGAUGUCUCGCUGCUGCGCGGUCGGUGUUGGAACAAUGUAGCCAGCACACCCAUGUCCAGAUGCUGGCUAGUAUGAGGUUUCGCUCGCUUCCGAAAAUCGCGGCAUGCAUUCUCGUUCUUAUAGGGCAAUCGUGCGACCGAUUGGAUGAAGAACGGAUGUACCUGCACAUGGCGUUUGGAUUUUAUAGCCGUCUUGCCAUCUUCAUGCCUGUCCAGAUGGGUUUGUUAAUGCAGUUGAUGGAUGUAUCGGCGUAG